AAUCCCUCCUCGCCUCCCUCGCCUCAGUCAGUCAUUCCAGAGGCAGCGAGAGGGACCUUCUCCUGCGCAGCUCCCGUCUCUGGUGCGCCUCACUCGCUCGCUCACUCGCUCGCGCCGUCCCUCAGCCCGCCUUUUGAGGAGCGGGGGAAGCGGGGAGGGCUGAGGAGAGCCGAGUGAGGAGAUGCCGCCGCCUCCGCCUCCUCCUCCGCCAGUUCCGCGCCUGUGAGGCUGGGCGGCGUUUGCGGGCUCCGUGGGCGCGGCGGCGGCGGAGGAUGCCCGGCGCGGUGUCGGCGGUGGCGUCCCCGGCCAGCCCUGGCGGGGCGGUGGGCCUGGCCACGGCCCUCACGGCCACGGCGCCCUCGCUGUCGGCGCCCCCCUCGUCCGCGGCGCUGCCGGCCUCCCCGCCGGCCCCCGAGGCGCUGCUGCUCCCGGCGCAGGAUGCGGCCAAGCUCUACCAGAGCAACUACGUGCGCAACUCGCGAGCCAUCGGCGUGCUGUGGGCCAUCUUCACCAUCUGCUUCGCCAUCGUCAACGUGGUGUGCUUCUUCCAGCCCUACUGGAUCGGCGACGGCGUGGAGACCCCGCAGGAGGGCUACUUCGGGCUCUUCCACUUCUGCACCGGCAGCUCCUUCUCGCGGGAGCUCACCUGCCAGGGCAGCUUCACGGACUUCUCCAGCCUGCCCUCGGGCGCCUUCAAAGCCGCCUCCUUCUUCAUCGGCCUCUCCAUGGUGCUCGUCAUCGCCUGCAUCGUCUGCUUCAUCCUCUUCUUCUUCUGCAACACCGCCACCGUCUACAAGAUCUGCGCCUGGAUGCAGCUCACCUCUGCUGCCUGCCUUGUCCUUGGCUGUAUGAUUUAUCCUGAUGGCUGGGAUGCUAAAGAGGUGAAACGGAUGUGUGGUGACAAGACAGACAAGUACACGCUGGGUGCUUGUUCAAUCCGCUGGGCGUAUAUUCUGGCCAUUAUUGGAGUCCUGGAUGCCCUCAUCCUCUCAUUCCUGGCAUUUGUACUUGGCAAUAGACAAGACAGCUUACUAGCAGAAGAACUCAAACUGGAAAACAAAGAUGAUGGGAAUGCUUAAAACAAGGAAAGGUAGUCUGAAACUGACUAAUUUCUGCUAAGCCAAUCCUCACUAGAAUGAGCACAAAACAAAACCGAGUAAACAGCUUUUGUACAUCUACAUUAAAUGAGAAGAAGCCUGUGACGGAAACCUGUGAUGAAGGAGAACGUUGACGAAUGUAAAAAUGUCUGAUUGCCACGAGCUGCCUUCUAAAUAUAGAUCAGCCAGACAUGCAGUGGUUCUCUGGAGAGAGAUUCAAUCAUGGAUUUACCCACCAGCUCAUUAGAAACUGUCGCUGAAUGCAACAUUCGGAAAGGCAUGCAUGAAAAGUCACAUAAGGGGAAUAAAUUUUAAAGGGGGUAUCGUUGUUGCUAGGUAAACACAUUAAUAUACAUGAAUCAAGGAGGUUUGUACACUUUUCUAAAAAAUAUUUGACUGAAAAGCAGAAUAUUUUAGAAUAAAACAUUUCAGGGGGCAGAGAUAGUUAACUCAGCGAAUUCCUCUUCCAGUAGCCAGGAAGCAGAUGAGGCACUGCGCUUAGCUGAGUGUCUUUACAAACAAGACUCUCGUCUUUCUCAUGCUACAGAGGAAAUGGUGUGUAACCUGUGAUCUACCAUUUUGGCACAUCUCAUUUGGCCUUCAUGUUUGCAGUUACCUAGAAACCUCUCAAACUCUGAGUUCUGUCUGUUCUAUAGGAAAUGUACAAUGUAGUGGCUCUUUCUGACUUGAUUUCUCAUUCUGCUGAGGUGCAUGUGCCAUAUGGUGGUGGUUCCCAUGUUGUAUUAGAAUCCAAAAUAUAUUAAGAGGAGGAAGAGAGGUGAUAUCACUGGAGAAUGAUGAAUAACCUCCAUCUCCUUACAUGGUAUUUUCCAUAUUCAUCUCAAGGUAGUAUCCUUAGCCCAUAAAGGUACUAUGUCCUAUGUCUGCACUUCCUUCUUUGCCUCUCAGAUGCAAUGUCACCUGGGGCAGGAAUUAAGCAAGAGAGGAGAGGGAAGGAUUUGUUUGUGGGCCAUAAUCCUGAAGGAUCUAGCUGGUAAUCCAUUGGGAGAGAUGUCAGCACGGAUGUGGGCUAAGACCCAAGAGCAGUGACUCACAGGGCCAGAGCUAAGAAUAGGUGCCCCUUUCUCUCUUCCUGAUGCUUUUCCCCCUAACCAAUGGGCUGUUGUAGGACGCAAAGAUCUUGCCACUAGUCUGAAACCAGUGGAUGCAGAAGCAAGUUGAGGCUUCAUGGCAUUAGCUUGAGAGCUGCAGGCUAGUCAUCUUGAUCUAAGAUAAGAUCAGGCUAGAGCUUUUGGUAAGAAUAACAGCCCAAACCAUUUUGUCAUCUUGGGCUGAAAAUACAAAUUGGUGUUUUGUUUUGUUUUUAAAGAAGGAAAUAUUUUAAAAACAAAGCCUUUAAUGCCCUUCCCCAAUGCAGCUACCUCAUCUGCCUCAUGUUUGAGCUAGCCCGAGUUGGAGUUAGGGCAAGAUUGUUUGAGAUCUUAAUAUUUUGUGAAAUGCACACAGCCUAAACUGUUUGGGAGCCACUACUAUAAGGGAUACCAUUUUGGAAAACAUAACACAGUAAGUUCAUAAGCAACAUGGUGUAUUUCUUGGUGUCAAAAUGUAAUAAUACAUGACACUUGUGCAGUUUUUCUCGUUCUAUGAGUAAUAAAUGAACUUUCUUUUCAAAUAACAAUGAAGAGAUUAUUGGCUAUAGAACCAGGGUUCUAGACUUGGAGAUCAAGGAAUGUUUUUCUAUUACUCCAUUACAACAUUUGCUAUUCUAUGAGGCUGCAUACCAUGCCAGUUCCUGCUGGAAAUUGGUUUGAAUGGGACAAAUGCAUAAGAGGAAAAAAAUAUGAUUGCCUUGUAGGUGGUUGUCAUGUAUUCUCAUUGAUGUAGAAUUAGCUUCAGCAGAUGUUAAAGCUCCCAUCUUUUUGCUCUAAUGCUGCAUUUAGAAAACCUGACUUAAUAGUAAUGGAUUACAAAUCCAAUUCUUUAAUAACAGUGUGUACCCAUUGCUUAAAUUCGCACAAGACUUAAAUAUUACUUAUACGAGACAGAAAGUGGUAACUGUUUGCUACAGAUGUCAUUCCACAAGAUGUUGCUCAUCCUUUCUGCCUCGUAUCCAUCACUGCAUUUAGCAUAAGAGAAGUACACUGUAAUAGCCAAACCUUUUUAGAUGAACUAGGUUUUACAUUUUUACAGUUUUGAAUAAAUCUGUAGAAAGCACCUUGUGGUUAAAAACUAUAAUUUCUCUGCUUAGAAAUGUCUAUGCGCAAUAUAUAAAUAAGGAUUUAUUUUUCAGCAAAUGGUUUCUUUUCUCUCUAGGUACUUACUUAGCUCCUAGCAUUGUAAUAUUUCAAUGCUAUUCACUGUUUGCCAGAGGAAGUUGCUGAUAACAUUGUGAUGUAACUUAAGUAGAUAUUCUUAGCUUCUUUCCACAGUUGAGCUGCAUAAUGUGAUUCACUUCUGUGGUUCCAAGGACAAAAUGGCUCAUCAAGAGCUUGAACCAAAGUCAACGGGAAACCUUCAUUCUUCUUGAACAGCCUGAAGAAACUCCUAAAAUCUUCAGGAAAUCCAAGAAAUUGUUAAAAAGAAAUGUUAUGUGUACAGUUAUAUACAAUACAUUAUUGAUUACCGUGACAAUACCCAAUGAAUCUAGGUAUCUAGAUAAUUCAGAUUAACCAGUAUAAUAAAUAUGAUUUAAAGACAUAAACAUUAGACAUCUGACAAGAAAGGCAGUCUAACACUCUGUUAAGAGUAGCAAAACGUAUUCCAUAUCUUGGUGUUUACUUUUUGUCAAUUGACAAUAAUCAAUUGUAUAAAACAAUUUUAGAACAGGUUAGAAGGGAGAACACAGUAUAAUGGGUUAGACCCAGAAUUAAUUAUUAUAGAAUAGACCAAAUAGAAAUCAGGGCAACACAGUUAAUCUUACUUAGAGUAGGCCUGUAAAAAUCAAUGGGGUUUCAUGAUUAAAGUUCAAUUGAUUUCAUUUGGUUCACUCUGUAUAUGAUUCAAUCUGCAUCAAGCCCAAUCAUUUGAGGACAUGAAAUGUUGAUCAAGAUAUUACAAUGGAGGGAGAGAAUUUUCACUGAGAAUCCUUGUGCUUCUAAUAAUAUAACAUUCCACCCUCAGAUUUAUGGAGUAGUUGUGUGAGUUUUUCUUUCAUGUCCUGGUUCUUGUUUUUAUUGGUCAACUUUGUUAUGCUAGAGUCAGCCAUUCGUUUCAAAUGUUGUAAACAAGAUUGCUAUCUGAAUGUUUUCCAGUAUUGCCCUGACUGUUUCUUUCAUGGCUUAUGUAAUGCUUCAAGAUCAUAACAGCCAUAAUUCUACUGCAAUGGAAGUGAUAGUAAUAGAUCAUGAGAAUAAAGUUCAGCAACAUGUAGCACAAUUCUCACCAAGUAAGUAAUAGUGUAUCCCAACUAUCCGUUACAGCACAAUCCUCUUUAGGUUAACUUCCCCCCCCCAAAAAAAAAUAUAGCUUUAAUUAUUUAUCUAAACUCCUCCUUUAAAAAGUUUGGUCAAUGCUAAAAUAGAAUGUUAGAGGCAAAAAUGACCAGAUGUAUUUUAAUCAAAGAAUAGGCAAGCUAGCACCCUCCAGAUACAGUCACCAUAAUAACCAAUCAUUAACCAUGCUGGCUGCAAUUUAUGAAAUUAUAGUCAAAAGCAUGGUUGAUUCUCCCUCAUAUUAGGGGUGUGAAUCAUGCACCUCUCCUGGCGUUUCCAAACUGCACUAGUCAUAGUCACCAUACCCAGGGGAUAGAGGUCAUGGGAGCUAGGGAUCCAACAACAUAUGGAAGACCACAAGUUACCCACCCUUGCCUUCUCCAAUCUAACUCAUUAUACUGGAGAAAAGACCUCCAUAUCCAGAAGACCUAUAUUGUGCUGUAAAAGGAAAGCAGGGAUGAUGAAAUUGCAUGGUUCCAGAGAUACUUCUAGUACAGGACAGUAGUUUUGGAUGGUUGGAAUAUUAGUAUGGACUCACAAGGGAAAGUAGGAAAGAACAUCAGUUGGAACUGUGAUCAGUUGGACCACACAACCACACAGAUAUUGGGUUGGCUGGCCACUCUUCUGAGUACUCCAAUAUGCCUCUGGUUGGCCUUCCAACCAAUAACCUGGCAGUAGUUGAAUACCAAAUAUGAACAUUUACUAUCAUUCGCAUUUCGAAUCAGAGUAGGCAAUAACAAAGGUUCAGCUUAACUGUUGUCACAGUGUUAUAUCUAGUCAGCCCGCUAGUCUUGAGUCUGAAGCCUACUUUUCAGAAUCCGCUGUUCUUUUAACUUGUUGGCCCUAGCCUUUCAUUGAUUCUAGACUUCAACGGGUUUCUUCUUUUUCGUCUUCUUUUUUUUUUUAUAGCCUCCACAUGCAAGGAGUGGGUACCAACUCUGCUCCCAUUUUGCAUGUUCCCAUUGCUCUUCUCACAUGGAGAGCAACCUUGUGAAGAGAAUUAUCUAUUAUCUGUGCUGACUCUCCGUGAGAUCUGGAACUAGUGUGAUCUGUAUCCCAGGUAAAUGAGGCUGUCUCCUACACAAUGCCACUCUCCAUCUGCAAUGAUUGAUGGAAACAUGUGAGGCCAACUAUGCUGUUCCUUGUCACAAUUUACAGAGAAUAAAUACCUGCCUAGGACUUGUGGUUAGUUUCAUUCCUUGUCUUCUGGUGGCCUCUGGUGACUCUUGCUAAGUAUGAGACCUUUCGAAUGUGUCUCUUACCUGAGCAAUCUCACUCGUUGACUCAGUAUUGGUGUUUUUCUCCCUGAAACAGCCCUACAAAAUGUGCUUUUAUCUUUACCUGCCUCCACCUCGACCUCCUUUCCUUCUGUACUUUCAUCUUAACGUUCCAUGUGAACUCUUCUGCGGUGGCCACUGCCCUCCUAUCAUCUUUCUGAUUUCUUCCCCAGCAACUCAGAAUGUUCCCACAAUGUCCUGCUAUAUUUCCCCAAGAUUAUAAAGGCUCACGACUUCUCAUUACCUAGUCCUAGCAAAACCAUCCAUAACUCAGUUUGUUGACACUCAAGUGGUGUUGUUAUCCUUAGACACAGAUUGUAAAAGCCAAGCUUGUUCAAUCUCUUUAGUGUAAGUUCACACUUCUCAGUAUUCUUUUUCUCACUGUAGCCCAGUAGUGUUUAAUUCAAAAACUUUGCAGACUGAUAUGGCUGUUUCCAUUAAUGUUUAUGUGUAAAUAUAUGUGUGUAUAUACAUACAUAUAUAUGUAUGUAUGUAUAUAGAAAGCAAAGCAUUUUAAGUACAAACAUCAUUCAAUGUAAGUAUAAGUAUGCUUUUAAAGCUCUUAAAAUGUAAACACUUGCCUUCCCCCUUCCCCUCCAUGCUCUCAUCCCAUCAUAAUGUCAAAAAAAUCUGUGGCUUUGAUUUGUUGUUUGUUUGUUUUUUAAAAAGAAAAAAGUCAACAAAUUGUAAAAAAAAAAACUGUUGGAAUAUCUGACUUUCUGAAGAAACAAAGAACAAUAAUUUUUGUUACUUUAACGUAUGCUUGGUAUUAUGGUACCUAAUAAAGGUCAGUAAUGAAUUUUGUAGCAUACUAGAAUAAAGUGUGCUAGUGCCUUUCUCCA